ACAGGAGGAACAGAUGGAAGUGGAGAUGGUGGAAUCUCCUCACUCCUCCCUGCAGGCUGGCAUACUGCAGUUUCACUUCAUCAAGAGUGCCCUCACAGUCAACCCGUGCACGAGUAACCAGGAGCAGGUGUUACUCCAUGGUGAAGACCGCCUCUACCUGACCUGUGGUGACCCCAUGCAGGUCCACAGCACGUCCGACUCAUGCCCGCACACACAUUUACACCCACAUGAUGGCAGUCCCCCACACCACCCACCCAACCCCGACUCCUCUCUCUCUCAGGGACUCAGCACUUUACUGGGACACAAGCACUGGCACGUGGUCCAGGUAAGGAUGCACAAAUGUCGCACCUGUUUAGGUGCAGUUUUAAGUAAGAAGAAAGGUUGGAUUGUGAUCUUGUUAAAGGCAGCUGGGUGGUUGUAGCCGCAAGAAGGAGGUGGUGCUGACAUAUUUGAAU